AACUAUGUCUGUAUCAGGGGCGGACUGACCAUUUGGAAACUCGGGCAAUGCCCGAGGGCCCGGGGUCAGUAGGGGGCCCCAUGAGAUGCCCCUGGUGCCUUUUUCAUAGGCUUUUUUUAGUUUGGGCAAGGACACAGGGGCCCCAUGAUCCCCUAUUGCCCGGGGGCCCCAUGAGUUGUCAGUCCACCCCUGGUCUGUAUGGAACUGGUUUUGUACACAGGGGCAAAGCCAUGCUACAGCCUUCACCAAAAUGUUGCCACAAGCUGGGAAGCACACAGUUGUCUAAUAUGUCUUUUACCCUUCACUGAAAACAU